GAAUCUUUGGGAUAACACGAGUCUUUCUUCAUUUUAUAUAUCUUUUCACUUUACCGUAUUACGAUGCUUAAUUCUCAAGCAAAACCCGAACCGAAGUAUUCUGAGCGGGCAUCAAAUAGUGACACGGAGAUAUCAUGGAGCGCCGCAUCGGAGCAAAAGACUCGACGAAAGAUCGAUCUCUCGGUCCUGCCUCUGUUAUUACUCGGCAUGACAGUAUUCCAACUUGACCGCAUGAACAUUGCCAGUGCCCUGACCGGCGGUUUUGGCAAGGAUAUCGCUGUGAACCAGAGCACGAUCAAUCUGGGAAACCAAUUGAUGUUUCUGGGUAUCGUGGUACUGGAGAUUCCCUCGAAUAUUGUGCUCCAGAAAAUUGGGCCUGAUAAAUGGAUCCCCGCGCAAGUCUUCGCAUUCGGCACGAUCGCAACUUUCCAGAUCUUCCUGCGCAAUCGAACAGGCUUCCUAGUCAUACGAAGUCUGCUCGGCCUCGCCGAAGCCGGAUACAUCCCCGCCUCCCUAUACACCUUAUCCCGAUGGUACGAGAAGGAAGAGCUUGCAAAGCGAAUAGGCAUAUUCUUCUUCGGCAUGUUCGGUGGCAACGCCGUCUCGCCUCUUCUGGGAGCAGGCAUCCUCAAACUUGACGGAAAACACGGCCUAAAAGGCUGGCAAUGGAUCUUCCUAAUCGAAGGCAUCUUCACCCUCACAGCAGCAAUCCUCAUCCUUCUCCUCCUCCCCCAGAGUCCCGAAAACCCUACCCCAUACCUGCUCAAACGCGGCGUGAUCUCCUUCUCCCCGCAAGACUGCGACAUCCUCUCAGCCCGCCGAGGAAUCCCCAAACAACAAACCUCCCCAGUCUCCAGCAUCCGCAAAGCACUCCUCAACUACCGCCGCUGGCCUCACUUCCUCCUCGCUCCAGCUUCCUUCUCAACCUGGAGUCCGUUAACAACCUACACCCCAACAAUCAUCAUGUCCCUAGGCUUCACCCGCAUCCAGUCCAACGCCCUAACCGCCAUCGGCGCCUCCCUCACCCUUCCCGUCGUGUUCCUCUUCUCCUACAUCAGCGACCGAACCGCCAAACGUGGCCUAACAGUCAUCGCCGCAGUGACUUGCUAUCUCAUCGUGUUGAUCGUAGGUCGAUCACUCCUCCCCCAUUUGGGGAAAUGGAACCAGUUCGGCGUCUGGACGGCUAUUAAUGCGUUCGCGGUGUGUUACCAUCCGGUUCAUAAUACGUGGGUGCAGCUUAAUUGUCGGGGUGAGGGGGAGAGGAGUAUUGCUAUUGCGAUGUGGGUUAUGGCGUCGAAUGCCGGGUUGAUGGCUGGGACGCAGAUUUUUCAGGCGGAAGAUGCGCCGAUGUAUCUGACGGGGCUUGUUACGAACAUUGCGUUGGUGGCUGGGGCGUUGGGGAUUGCUGUGAUUCAGGAGGUUAUUUAUGUUGGACUUAAUGCCAGAUCGAAGAAAAAGGGACUUGGCGUUGUUUGUGUUACUUGAUUUGGGGUUUAUAUGUCUUUAUAGAGAAUAGAUUCGUAGUAAGGUAGAUGUUUUACGGAGUGGGUUGUGCUUGGUCCCGUUUCCGGAAAUUCUGGACUCUACCAUAUAGAUUCGCAGUGGAUAGAUA